GUGGCUGCCCUGCAGAUGGCAGGGUAGAAAGCAGCCUCAGGAUUACAUCUUUUGUCUUGCAGCUGGCUUUCCUCAGUGACUCAAAAUGUAUUUGUCUUCAUGCUGAAACGCUUCUAUUGCAUGUGAUUAGGGUUGAGGAUUUGGCACCCAUAGAGUUCCUCUUUUUUUCUCUUGAGACACAACUUACAUGUUUGGCAUCUGUUCUUGUGCUAUGAUUGCAGGCAUAGCACGAGUGUGCAUCCCAGAUUAAUUUCUUAAUCAGCGGGAGGAAGGCUCCUUUCUGAUUGUGUAUCACAAAGCAAUAUGGUGAAAACAUGGGUUUGCAAACACUGACACCAGUAGGUGAAUGGGUGAGAGACUUACCUGGGGAAAUGGUUAUCGACAGGGACUGUCACUGGCCUUGGGAAUGCAGGCAGCAAACAACAAAUCCGAAGGAACUCUGACCGCUGUGCAACCAGGCAACACUACACCUUGGAGCAUCUUGACUUUGUAAUGGAAAAAGAGAAUCCAUAUCAAGCUACUCAGCAGCUAAUCAAUCACCCGAGUCCAUCAGGCUGGGCAGGGAAGAUUGUAUGUCUCACGUACACAAGGGAGAAGAAGCAGCAGUUUGGGCACGGGAUGGAGUUGUGCUUGAAGUAAGGGGAUCUAUUGAAAGAGAAAGGCAUCUUGUUUGCUGCAUUAUGGGCCAGUGGAAUAGUGCUGCUGCUUUUAUAUGCUACAGAUUGUGAACAAAUUAAUUUCUUAACCAUGUUACAGUGAUAUCAAGUCAUGGGUCAGUCAUGAAUACAAUCUGUCACAUGGGGUAUUUUAGCCUAAUAGCCAUUGGCACAUGAAGACUUCAUGUUCCAGUAGCCUAUCUGCUCAGAGAAGAGUAUUAGGGAAAUGAAGUGGACAGCUGGCAUAAUAUACGGACACUUGAACCCGGAAACAAAAAGACAGCUGCUGGAUCUAAUUUUAAACAAGUCUUGCUCAGAUCCAUCUAGAUCCCUGUUGUCCUGAUACGGGAAAGUCACUAGUGAGAGCAGAGAGGUGUGAAGUUGAAGAUACGGGUAAAAAGCUUUUGUGAGAAGGGGAAUCGUCCUCUUGCAGUUAUGGUAUUUCCAUUUCUCACAGCAAGUUCAGAGGUACCAAAGCUGCGAAAGGAAGACCAAAAGGCACGGAAUGCACUCUUAGCUGAUAUCCAGCAGGGAACUCGCUUAAGAAAAGUGACUCAAAUCAAUGACCGCAGCGCACCACAGAUUGAGAAACCCAAAGGAAUUAACAGAGAUGGAGUUAACCCAGCUGUUAACAAAAGUGGCCCUCAGCAGCCCCUGGGAGGCUUAUUUGCAGGUGGCUUUCCUGUCCUCAGACCAGCAGGCCAGAGGGACAUGUCAGCUGGGAAGCCCGGGCAGCUCCCUGGCAUCCGUCCAGCGGCUCCCAAGCCCGCUGCCCCACCGAAUAGCAGCGCUGCCAAGGCGAGCAGCGUCCCCUCGCAUCCCACCGAAGGCCCCAGGGCACCUGCUCCACCAGAUCCCCCCAGCGCCCCCCGAGGGCCCGGCACCGUGCCCGGGCGGCCCAGCCUGCCGGCGCCCCCUCCACCGCCGCCUGCUGCCAGCAAACCUUCCCUCACCUUCCCCCCUCCUCCCGCUGUGCCCCCCCCAGCAGAGCGCCCUCCCAAGGGGGUGUCCCCCAGCGCAGCCCCUCCUCAGCCUGACAAACUCACUAAGCUUCAGGCAGGUGCUCCACACGCACCCCCUCCACCUCCUCCUCCUCCUCCCCUGCCCUUUGUGCCCCCCUGCGGGUUUCCAAGCAGGACAACCGAUUUCCCUGCUGCUGCUCCCACCCCAGCUGAAGGCAGGGAUUGUCUGCCCCCCACCCCGCCUCCCCCCCCGCCCCACGCGCACCCCCUGACCUCCAACAGGCUCUCCUUCCCACCCUCCCCAGCCUUUAACAGCGCUCCCGGCAGCGCUGACGUGCCCCCGCCGCUGCCCCCCAAGUCUCCCAACCUGCUGUCCCAGCUCCACAAGCCAAGCAGCAUCCAGUCCUUGCCGCUCCCUCCCACCCCCAGCCUCCAUCAGCCUGUAGCAGCGGUGGCACCAGAGACCAGGAAGAAGAGGCCCGGCCGAGGCACAGGAACUGGUGCUGGGAAGCUAGUCACACCUCCACAGCCACCAGCAAGGUCACCUACAACUGAGCUUACCAGCAAGUCUGGAGUCUCAGCCUGGGCUGCAGCUCAUGACCCCUACCCACCACUUAAAAAUGGAAACAUGCACAUCAUCGAUGACUUUGAAUCUAAAUUUACUUUCCAUUCUGUGGAAGAUUUCCCCCCACCUGACGAAUUCAAGCCAUUUCAGAAAAUCUAUCCCAGCAAGACAGCUAGAGAUCCCUCCAAAAAUCCUCCAUUAAGAACACACGUUAGAUGAGAAGAGUCUUUUGAUGCUCUCUGGAUUAGCAUUCAAAAAAGAACAACAUCAAGAUAAUAUCUGAAACAGAGGGGCUCCCAUUACAGUGAUAGAGAUUGUAUUUGAAUUGCAAGUGCUGCGCUGUUAACAUUCUAUAGACUGGAACAGCAAUGUACAUGAUGCUUUUUGAACUGGACUACAUACUACAGGAGUGUUAGUACCAGCUUUUAAAUUACUGUAUAUAGGUGGAUACUUUUUAAGAAAAGCAGCAUAAAAUUGAAAUUCUUUGUAGUGUUGAAACAAUUCUCAAUCAUGCUGACACAUUACCUCGGGAUACUUUUUUGCAAUACAUGCCUGGAGUUAAUUUUUCCCCUUCCAUCAUAAUUUUAAAGUAUCUUGGAAAUUCUCCACUUAUUAUUCAGCCAUUUUUCAAUGAACUGCCAGAAGCUAACAUGCUACCUUUAGUCUCUUUGUAUGGUCCUUUAUUUCUUCUAUUCUGCCUAUCCUCAGAUCGCAGCAGAAUGUCACUUUCAUGAACAGAUGGGCCCACAAUCCUCUUCUCAUCAAGCAUGAAGAGGACAGAGAUGACCAGGAGCUGUGGCUGCUGUUGAGCCUACCUCCUAUUGAGUACAGAUCCUUAUAGGAUAGUGCCUGAAGAAGCCCAGCUGGGUAGGGUGGUCAUGGACUUGACUUGAGAAGGAAGAUGGAAAUUUUCCAAACUGGAAGAAAACAGAAGUUGUUCUACUGUAAGCAAAAAAAAAAAAACCCAAUGGUGUGUGUGAAUACACAUGCUAUGAAGUAUGUAUGUAAGGGCAACUGUCCUGUAUUUCUGGCUGGCCAAAUGGUUAUUUACCAUUUUGUGUGAUGGACUGUCUUUACCCAGCAAUUAGGAGGCCUUUGGAUGAGUGGUCCAAAGCCUACAUUUUAAACAGGCAACUAGAGCUACUACUGUUCACACAGGGCAGUGAGGAUUCAUUGUCCAAAAUACACCAUGUGGAGCAAGCACUCCCCUAAGAUAGAGUUGGCUGAAAAAAGGUAACAACCUACAGCAAAGACAUGAGCUUCUGCUUUUCAUAUGCAGCCUGGGGUAAGGUCUUUGGAUUGCAGAAGUUCAGGUCUGGUCAAAAGCAAUCUAUUCCCAGCACAAAUUACUCUUGUGCAUUUCACUGCCUAAGGAAGAGUGCUG